CGCCUGCUGGGGGCACAGCGUGCCGGGGCUGCGCCCGCGUCCCUGGCCCGCACGCCCGGGAGCCACGGAGUGUGGUGGUGGAGCCUCGAUGUGCGGGGCCCCGGCUGGCACCGGACCCUGGCGUGAGGCCGCGGGGAGGUAGUCCUUGGACACUUGGUUCUGACGCCCCGGUGACUCCAAGUGACAGCUCAGCAGUGGUGGCAACAUGAGCACCCCCCAGCCCGCCACGUCAGAGCUGGGCCCUGAGAAGGGGGCCGGAGGCCUUGCAGGGAAGGCUGCGGCGGGCACCUGGGGGAAGGGCCCUCGGCUGGGCCAGCGGCUGCCCUCCAUCGUGGUGGAGUCCAGUGAGGCAGGUGCCGUGGAAAGUGGAGAGCUGUGCUGGCCCCCAGAGGGAUCCCAGAGCCAGGCUGCUGCUGCCCCCUCCCCAAGUCUACCGGGAGCAUCAGGGAAGGCUGUGGACGAUGCUGGCGGCAAGUGUGCUGGCUCCGAGGACAAGGUACACCCGGCCCAGUGAUAGGACAAAGAUGGGGCCAGUCUCUGCUCUCCAGCUGCUGAGAGGGCCUUAAAACUCCAGGUAGCCGGGCUGAUGAACAGACAGGGCCAGGCCUGGUGGGACACCCUGCGGGCAGAGCUGAACAGCCACUUCCUGUCUCCCGGGGUCUGGUCAGGCCCACAGUCCUGCCCUUCCCUGUUCAUGGCCCAGGUCUGAAUUAUAGCCCCCUUGUUACAUGGUUUGAAGCAGAAAUAAAGGUACUUCCUGGUGACCAGUA